GUCAGACAAGUUUUACAAUGAACUUUGUCAACUCAGAUCUUGACAAAAACAUCACCUUUGUUCGUCCUGCAUAUUUUAUAAUAAGUGGUUUUUCUGGCAUCCCAAAUAUCAAGUAUUAUUAUGUCUUUCUCUUUUUACUGUUUAUAGUUUCAGUGAUGGGAAACACAGUUGUGAUGGUAAUAAUAUGCUUGGAUCAGAAACUGAGAGCUCCAAAAUAUAUUGCAGUUUUUAAUCUAGCAUUUACAGACCUGUUUGGUAGCUCUGCUUUGUUGCCAAAGGUUCUUGACAUCUUCCUGUUUGACCAUCCCUACAUCUCCUACAACGACUGCCUGGCAUUUCUUUUCUUCUAUUACACCUUAUUUUACAUGCAACCUCUGAAUCUGGUUGCACUCUCCUAUGACAGAACGAUAGCCAUCAUCUUCCCACUGCACUAUCAUGCGAAGGUGACCCACAGGUUCAUGUUUUUUUUAAUUGGCUUUUUCUGGUUCUUUUCCAUUACUGUUACACUGACUUUAGUCUGCCUUCUUACCAGACAUUCCUACUGUAAUUCUGUGGUUAUUAACAGCUAUUUCUGUGACUAUGGUCAAAUAUAUCGACUGGCUUGUGAUGAUAUAACACCCAGCUUCAUCUUUAGCGCUUUGUUAACAGUUCUUAUUCUUUGGCUUCCACUGGUUUUCAUCGUGUUUACUUACAUAUAUAUCGGCUUUACUUUGACUAAAGUGGCUACAGUUCAUGAGAGAGUGAAGGCUUUUAAAACCUGCACAGCUCAUCUUUCAUUAGUGGCAAUCUUUUUCCUCCCAUUAUUAAUAGUUGCUACUCUUACAGGAGUUAUGCAUCCACAUGCCAGGAUGAUAAAUCUGUCUUUGACCUCUGCUUUUCCCCCAUCAUUGAACCCAGUCAUUUAUGUUCUGCAGACAAAAGAAAUCAAAGAAUCUGUGAAAAAGUUGUUUAAAAUCAGAAGUCAGUCCAAAAUUGCAGUAAGAAUUUAA